CAAAAUAGACGCAUCUAUGUAUGAGGUACAGAUCCUUAUGACUCCGAAGCCAAUCAAAGCUAGAUUCAUAAAGUUUUUGGGUGCACAGAAUGAUACAUUUGGAAAAGAGAAAUGCUUAAGAUUUGAAUUGCAAGGUUGUAAGCUUUCAGGUGUACCAGCUUUAAACUGCCAUAAUUGGUUUGACAUGUUUCCAGUAGAGACCGAAAUAAAAUCUGAAAACCAAUUAAUAGUUGGCGACAAAAAUAUUGAAGAAUGCAAUAAUCUUUGCCAAAGAAAUGAUAAUUGUUCCGUUGCCAGUAUAAGCGAUAAAGGACUCUGUGUUCAAUACAUGAGAAGUCAGCUCGGGGUAUGGAAAAUGAGUCAUGACGUCACUGGCCACUGGUUUGCCAAACUAUGUAGUGAAGGUAAUAACUGA